CACUCCCAUCCAGCAUACCUCCCACACUAUAUCCCAGCCUUGACCUGUAAUACAAUGCAUUUUCCACUCUAAUUUACGUUUUUACUUUUAGCAAAUGACAUCAGCAGUUUGUUUUUUGUAACCAAUAAGGACUUGAGGCCUGUGUGCUAAGGGGAAGAUGCAUUUCUUCGUUACCGUGCUGUGCCUGAGUUUGGGAGUGUUAAUCAGCAACGCAGCUGCUGGAAGUGAAUGGUGUUACACAGGCUGUGAUCACACACCGACUCACUGGCACGAACUCCCCGGUUCUUUCUGCGGCGGCCAAAGGCAAUCGCCCGUAAAUAUAUUGACCAGCCGGGUUGAGAAGGAUGAAAACUUGCACAAUUUCACUUUUGUCAACUUCUCAUCGCAACAUUCCUUCAAGUCCGUGAUAAACAAUGGACAUACAGCCAAAUUCAUCUUAAAAGACAACGAGGUUGAAUUGAGUGGAGGUGGACUCGGUGGCAGUUACUCCACAAUCCAGCUCCAUUUCCACUGGGGCGACACCCAGCACCACCCCGGGUCAGAGCACGCGGUCAAUGGGCACAGAUACCCGAUGGAGAUGCACAUUGUGAGUCUAAAGAAAGGCCUGUCCGUGCAGCAGGCCAUCAACGAUUCAGCUGGGAUCGCCGUUCUUGGCUUCUUCAUAAAUGCCACUGAAGAUCCAAAACUGUCGAGUCCUUGGAACACCUUGACCAAUUACCUCUUAAAUGACACAGACACUGAAGUCAAUGUGAUGCACAACAUCUCCAUUGAUGACCUGAUUGGCAAAGUGAACCUCUCCAAAUUCUACCGUUACAUGGGCUCACUGACAACCCCUUCCUGUAAUGAAGCGGUGGCCUGGACAGUCUUUCAGGAGCCCAUCACUGUUAACAGGAUUUUUGUGGAACGGUUUCCCCAGAGGACAAGCCUUGUUAAUGUGUACCGCCCAUUACAGGAACUCCAUGGACGCCAAGUAUUUUCAUCCCCUAGCAUUGUUCUUCCUUCUAGUCACGAAUGGUGUUACAACGAUCACUGUGAGUUCAGUCCUUCCAAAUGGCACCUUCUGCCCGACUCGCACUGCGAUGGCGAGCGCCAAUCGCCAGUCAACAUCGAGGCCCAAAAGGCCGUGGCGGAUGAACACCUCGACGGCUUCACUUUUACAAAGUUUGACGACAAACAUGUCAUCAAGUACAUCACAAACACAGGCCAUACAGUAAAGUGUGUCUUAAACGAGGGGGCGGUGGAGGUGUCCGGAGGCGCCCUGGGUUACGUCUACUCUACUCUACAGUUCCACUUCCACUGGGGUUCCCUAUCGCAAGACUCUAAGGGGUCAGAGCACACAGUGGAUUCCAAAAGAUUGCCAAUGGAGGUGCACGUCGUGAACAAGAGGAAGGAUUUAACCUUGGAAGAUGCAGUAAAUACCCCAAAUGGCCUCGCAGUGUUGGGAUUCUUUAUUGAGGCUGCUGCAUCUGACAGAAGUAGCAGCUCUUCCGAACAUGAUGACUCACAUGAUUCUUCUGAUGUCUCUGUCUCGGAUUCGGCAACCAACGCCUGGAAAAAACUGAGCGGCUACAUGGCAGCAAUCCAAAGCAUUGGCUCAAAGGUGGAGGUCACUGAGGAACUUUCCAUUGCCGAGCUGCUCGGCGAUAUGGACUUCACCUCUUACUACCGCUACAAUGGCUCAUUGACCACCCCUUCGUGUAAUGAAGCGGUGGUCUGGACCCUCUUUAAAAAGUCAAUCAAGGUGGACCAGAGCCAGUUGGCAAUGUUCCCCAACUGGACUGGCACUCGCGAUGUGUUUCGACCAACGCAGGCUCUUCACGGCAGGACAAUCUACACCACCGCAGGAUGCGGUGGCCUGGCGCCCUCUGUGCUCUCCGCGCUGCUGCUCCAUUUCGUUGUUUCUUUCCUGCACUAGCACACCCGAGUAUAUUGCAUUAUCCAUCUUGCACUUUGCCUCGUUCGGAAUUAUUGCAAAACCUUAAGGCAGUGGUUCUCAACCUUUUUUCAGUUAUAUAUCCCCUGUGAACAUUUUUUUAAUUCAAGUACCCCCUAAUCAGAGCAAAGCAUUUUUGGUUGAACAAAAGAGAUAAAGAAGUAAAAUACAGCACUAUGUCAUCAGUUUCUGAUUUAUUAAAUUGUAUAACAGUGCAAAAUAUUGCUCAUUUUUAGUGGUCUUUCUUGAACUAUUUGGAAAAAAAGAUACAAAAAUAACCCAAAACUUGUUGAAAAGUGAUUCAAUUAUAAAUAAAAAUGUCUACACAUAGAAGUAAUCAUCAACUUAAAGUGCCUUCUUAGAGAUUGUAAUACAGAUCCAUCUAGAUUCAUGAGCUUAAUUCUAAACAUUUCUUCACAAAAACAUAAUAUUUAUGAAACAUGCCCACAAAAAAAAUUAGCUGUCAUCGCUGAAUAUUGCAUUGUUGCAUUUCUUUUCACAGUUUAAGAACUUACAUUCAUAUUUUGUUAAAGCAUUAUUCAAUAAAUAUAUUCAUAAAGGAUUUUUGAAUUGUCGCUAUUUUUAGAAUAUUUAAAAAAAAAUCUCACGUACCCUUUGGCAUACCUUCAAGUACCCCCAAGGGUACGCGUACCCCCAUUUGAGAACCACUGUCUUAAGGAGCCAUGCCGUGGAUUUAAUACAUUAUCUAUGCCAGGCCUAUUAUAUAAUCUUGUUUCAGGAAACGGAAACUUGGAGAUGAAAGAGGAAAUAGUUGAGUUUGCACACUUAAUGGGUCAGCCAUAUAAACUGUAAGCUUACUAGAAACUUAUCAGUCUUAUCUGUAUGUAAUAAAAUGAGCCUUUCAUGGAAUAAAGUGUACUGACUGCAACACAUUAGCAAUAGUUGUACAAAACUUUUACAGCACAAAUUCAUCAACACGGUAUUCCACCAGGCGCCAUUCAGAUGUUUAUGAUGCCGUAUACUCUACGGUCCAAAUUAAUCACAUCUACAGCGAGAGUUGCAGUAGUUGUGGUGCUGCUGCUCUGAUUUGGGUUGGACUAUUUGCAUAUUGUCUGUGAACUUUUCCUGCUUACGUUUAAACGAGCUUUGUGUCAUUUUGGUGAUUUAUUCAGGUUCCAACACGCAUUUAAAAGGAGUCAUGUAUAUUUUCGAGCUAUUGUAGGCUGUCGUCCACAGCUAUUAGUCAAAAUAUAACUUUGGAUCAAUAUUUCCCUGCAGCAUCCUAAAAGGAAGUAGCGUUAAAAAGAAAUGUACUGUAAAAUCCUUCAAAUCUUUAGAGGUGCACCUUUUGGACUAAGCAGUCUUGCUAUUGUGUUGUUGUAAUGGGUCCUACUUUUCACUUACUCCCAUGUUUUUGUACAUUAGGGGUUUUCCAGUCCUUCAAAUAGGGAAUGAUGCGCCCGUGCACAAAUUCACACUUUGUUAGUGUUUUGUUUUUUCUUUCUUUCUUGUUUUCAAGCAUGAGAAUCAUCUUUCCAUGUGUGAUUGACUCAAUGAAAUUAUACUUGAUUGUUCCAAAUUCCA